UGUGGUCGGCAUAUCACUGGACAGCCACGGUCGGCAAACCUCUCUACAACCACGAUGCAGAACUGUACUCUAGCUUUGUUGCUCCUGUGCCUGUUGGCGGCUGCCGCUGCGUACACCACUAAGUACGACAACAUCGACCUGGACGACAUCCUGCACAACGACCGCCUACUGAAGAAGUACCACGAGUGCCUCCUCUCUGACAGCGACGCAUCCUGUACCCCAGACGGAAAGGAGCUGAAGGCCGCCAUUCCUGAUGCACUAACGAACGACUGUGCCAAGUGCAACGAGAAGCAGAAGGCUGGAGCGGAGAAGGUGAUCAGGUUCCUCAUCAAGGAGAAGCCCGACCUGUGGACGCCGCUGGAGAACAAGUACGACCCCACCGGCACUUACAGGCAGAAGUACGGCGAGGAGCUCAGGAGGGUCUCCGCCUAAACACCGGGACACUUUUUGCACUGCACUGUGACAGCUCCAGAACAUUUAUCGGGUUGACUCUCUGUGAUACAACCCAAGAACCUUAAUUUAUCUGAUUACUGUUAACAUUUGUUGUGUUCCACAUAUUUUAAAAUAAAGGUCUUUUAAUAAGA